CCAAGUUUGAAUCUGAAGUUUGGUAUAGCAGGGAACCAGGAAACGGAGCUUCAGGAGGCGGCAGUUCACGAACUCGACGCUGCGGUGGACCGGCUCGUGAGCAAGGUCAACUUGGCGCUGGAGGGUUCGAUCGGCCAUGCAGCUGCUGGCAGCCUGCAG